CGGGAUCUUCCUCAGACAUCCUAUGAUUCCAAAUAACGCGCCCCGCGUAUCAUCAGCUAAAAGCUAACCGGCCAUGCAACAUGAAGCUGGCUAAACUAUUUUGGUAAUCGCGAACAUUUACUUGAUGUUUACUGUCUUGAUAGUUUGAACACAAUGAUUUCCGUCAGUUAUAUUCUGUUGUGUGGUCAGUUUGUACUACUCUUAUCGGUCAUAUUGCUGUACUGCUUGGAAGGAAGUCAUUCCCAAAACUCCUCGGGAACGAACCUUAGCGCUGCCACAUCCUCUCCUUUUCCCGGGCAGGGAGCGACUGCUGUCCCCAUCAGCGAACAGCUCGACACCGUAAAAGACGGAGGACUAGCGGAUAAUUCCACAGAGUGGUUGGAGUACAGGCCCGCGUCGCCAGUUGUUCUCUGCAGCUAUCUACCCGAUGAGUUCAUCUACUGCCAGGAGCCCGUGGAUCAUGCGGGUAACUACAGCGCCUUUCAGGAGACGGGCCACGGAUGCGUGGGGUGGGGCGGACAGACGCAGAAGGAGGUGAACCACACGCAAGUUAUCUGCACUGCUCUGGAUGAUAUAGAAUGUGCGGGACCCCGAGAUUUCCUCAGAGGGAACGUGCCCUGCAUCAAGUGAGCACACACACACACACACACACACACACACACACACACACCUGUGAUGUCUUAGUAAAUAUUCUAUUUGGUGAGAGAUAAACUUUAUUGUAUUUAUCCUAGUGGAUCUAUAAUUAAACGGGUAAACUAGUAGUAGCACAUCCAACAUCAAGGAAAGCAAAAAGUUAUUAUCAGGAGAGGGAGAAUGUUUAAGCGGUUAGCAGCAGUGUGCUAGACCAGGGGUUCCCAAAACUUUUCAGUCCGUGACCCAUAAAUUAACAGUUUCAAAGUCUCGCGACCCCCUGGAGAUGAGUGAAAUAAUUAAACACACACGUGGAACUUAAUCUUUAAUAAGUGUACUCAAAUAGACAGGUUUAGAACCCUCAACAGGUAAAUAUGGCACGAAUUUACAUUUGAAAACUGUAAAAGGCGACUCUGAAAACAUUCUUGCUGUUGUGUGCAAACUUUAACAUGUAACAAUCCUUGGCAGUUUUGAUAAGAAUAAGGCAGUCAGUUAGCAUUUUGGUUAAUUUUCAGCUUCUAAAGUGACAGCAACUCAGUGCCACAACAAUCUCCACACUUUCUCCCUAAUUUUACUCUCUCCCGUCCCCCUCCCUGCACACGCUCACACAUACACAGCAUUGCCAUGGCAACAAAUGGACAUGCAUCUCUGCCUCCCUUGAGUAAACAUUUCCAGAACAUAUUAAAACAACACUCCUAAACGGGUUACAAAUGUUUGUAACAAAUGCAAUUCUUGAUGAAAUCUUAAAAAAAUGGUAACGGAAAAGUGCUUUCAUUUCAAUGUAGCAAAAAAAAAAAAAAAAACUCAUGCAAAGUCACAAACAAUGUAAUACA